GAACCUUAAAAAAAAAAACAAUUAUUGGAGGACCUAAGCAAAGCCAUGGCUUAGUUAUAAAAGAGUGAGCAAAGGUAAGCUGGCAAUAUGUCUUAUUUUCUUUUCUCCAACCAUGAAAAUCAAAACCAUAUUUUUCUGUCUUAGAGGGAACAACCACAAGAGUAAGAAAAACGAGGUGGAAGAUUUUGAGAAACUCUCCUCCAAUGACAAGCCUAGUCGUCACAAGGGAAGAAAAAAUGAAGGGUAUGUUUCAACAACUCAUGCUGCUGCUGAUGGAGCCGGCAGCACCAAUGUUCAUAGCAAUGAUGCAGGGGGAGUGGCUGCUGCUGUGGCGACGGCAGCUCAUGUGUCUUUGAUGAGUCAAGAUGGAAGUGCUCAUGGUGGUGAAUCUGGUGGUGGAGAUGGUGGAGGCUAGGACUGAUUAAUAAAUAUGUAUAAGAAAUUUUAAAAUUUUCCUAGCUAUUAUUAUGAGUUGGUUUACAAUCAAAUAUUUCUUGUUAUCCUCUUCUCAUCUCAUCUACCUUCUACUUGUAUGUUUUGCAAGCUUAUAAAUAAAACUUGAUUUCUUUUUAUGAUUAU